AUGCCAUGGAAACCUCAUCUUCAACGCUCUUGUGCUCCCUUCACGAAGUUCACGUUAUUUGCGAGACAUAGAUCCGUGUUUCGAUUUGACCCCAUCACAAGAAGAUCCCUGGUUUACAGAGUAAAAAGCGUCCUCUCUAUUGAGACAGCUGAAUGGGAUCAAGGAAUUGCUCAUCGUGGUUGAAGAAGCGGAUGCCUGUCGAUAUACAGAUGUGACCUUUGGGUCACCUACGAAAUCACCAGAACAAGCUUUCAAGCCGCCGGAACCAGACUGGCCAGAUAGCGAAAGCGAGGAGGAAGUCGUCUCCAGGCGGCCAGAAUUCGAAUGGCCGGCGUGGUUUCCAGUGGAUAACGAGAGCGAGAUCAUAAGUCUUGAGGAGUUGGAAACUUCGUGGUCUGCAAUGACACGACGCUUUGAAAUGAUAUUGCAAAAAUUCAACCAGAUGCGAGAGGAAAUCCUCUUAGAAAUCAGCACAGAUCUCGAAAGUAUAGGCAUAUUUGCAACUAAUCACUUACACUCAGGCUUCGGAAUGCUAAUUAUUUCCUGUUGGGUUCAGGUAUUACUGAUUACACCGAAUUCUUGCCAUCUCUAAAAUGUUGGGAAAUACCUAAGGUUAAAUAUGUGAGAGCGAUUUCCGAGAAAAAUCAUAUGCGUAAGUCUUUCUGCCUGCUGAGUGUGGGGGUUGGGCGGGGGUUAAGCCUCCCGAAAAAUCCGAAGCAUGAAGAGAAAAGAAGUUUUACUUUUGAAGUCUUGCUUCCCGGAUAGAUAUCACCUCUACAGCGUCAAAUAUGUUUGUGGUGGUAUAACCGUGUUCUCCCGAAGAAUCCCACCACAAAAGUCUAUCCUGAGCUUGAUAGUUUGCCGUGAACGCCCUCAACACUCUCCCGUUAUUCCAGAAGGGUUCAAUAAUCAGCAAGGCAAAUACAGAAAAGCAAAAAAAGUAAGUAGCUUUGAAAUCAUAGGCUGUAGAUCUGUCACCGGGUCUCCUCUCCUCAAAAGCCAUCUGUGCGAGAUCUUAA